AUGACGACUCUCCGCAGGAUGAAGUCGGCUGAAGAGGAAGCCAGAGAAUGUCGUCUCUCUCCAUCUCCCAGAGCCCGGUCUUCAUCCCCAAUAAAAAACAGAAGGCCAUUGUCGCCAUGUUUGGAUUCAUUCAGCUCAGAUGUCACUUCAAUCGCAAGCUCUCCCUUAACACAUGAGCAGCUCGUCCAAUUGUCUCGUUCUCCUAUCGCCAGACGCUUGCAUAUCACUAAACCGGAGUAUGCUAUUCCUAUCCCAUUCACUUUGAAGUUGCCUCCAAGACUCAGUGGAUCGGGAUCGCAAACACCGCAAAAGGAAUCAUCUCCUUCUGCAAGUCCCAAGCAUUCUCCCAAGAGAUUAUUCUUCUCUGGCCAAGACUAUGAGGCUGCAAGUUCAGGGUCAGAGUCGGAGUCUGAAAUUGCCAGAGAUUAUGAAAAACUUGCUGCUGUGGCGAAGCCUCCCAGUGUUACCGCGAGUCGAAAGAAAGUGGCUAAGUUUGUUGAAAAAUCAAAUACGGUGCCGGCUGACCAACUUAGUAUGAUUGAGGAAUCUUCCACCAGGACCAACAGUGUCAAAUCUAAAGAGUUGCCUCAGAUACCAGAGUCAAAACUGAUGCCCGUUGGUUUAUCAAAACCACCCCAUAAUGUCAUUUUGGGUGCUCGUGGCCCCUCUCUCACUAGGAAGUUGCUGAGAAAACCACCUCCGGACUUGGUAUUUGAUAAGCGUACACCUACGGAAACAUCUGCUAUGCCGGUAAAGGCUAGUGUACCUUAUGGGAAAGCAUCACUGGAUCCUACUUCUGACUUGAACCCCAAGGAGGCGUUGAAACUCGAUGCAGAUCGUCUGAAACCAACGACCGGAAGUUUGGGGAUAGUUCAUUUGACCAACGCCAUUCAUAGGCAAGACAACAAGCAGCCACAAAGGCAGCAACCACACCCCGAGCAGCAACAAAGGCAGAAUCAGCACCCGGAACAGCUACAACAACAACAGCAGCAACAGCACCGCUCAAUCAGAACUUCUACGGGAAUAGAACCUAACCAUCUUCCGCAAACACAAGCGUAUCGUCAUAAUUUGUAUCUAGGCGAUAAACUCAAAAAUGAGAAAAACAAACGAGCUUUUUCGGAUGAGUCCCAAGUAUCCUCAGUAAGCUCUUUCAACUCAUUUGGAGAUUUUGCCGCUUUCAAGUUUGGAACGGUCCCACACUCACUAAAUGAAACUUCACCUCAGGAGUUAUCAUCAGCGAGGGACAAUUCACUGCGUCAAACUUCUGGAUCCUCUACAGUUAGCUCGGUAAAAUCUUGGAACUCUCUUCAGCGCAGUCUCGAUCUUAGCUUGAAAAACACUUUGUCCAACAUGUCCAGAAGCCUGCCAGAGAAUAGCGAUGGUACUUCCAAAAGCCUCCCUGAACUUCCAUGGGAUGACGUGGCUGAUAGAACAAUUGAAGUUGCUCCUCUCUGCAUAAGCAAGUCUGUGAAUGAGAAAGCUCAAACAUUAUCCGACGGAAAAGAAUGGGAGCUGAUAGAACUGGGAAAGGAAGAAAGUCUGGAAGAUAGUAUAGAGGAUGAGGAUAGUGAACUACAACAAAGCUCUGGAAGUGUUGAAUACAACAACGGAGACGGAAAACGGUUUAGCUUUCCUAAUAAUCUCAGCAACAUCACAAAUAGUAAGGAAGCUAAACAAAGGACCCCAAAAAUUAAUUCAAGUGCAUCAUACACCCUCAUAUCUCCUACCGGCCAGAUCAAAAUUCCUGACUUGGAAAAUGCAUCACAGCAUUAUCUUAUGAAUGAAUCCCGCAAGGAUUCCGUUGAACCACCAUUGGAACCAAUUGGAUACCCAAGCAAAGCAGCAAGGGAGUAUUUCAACUCCAUGUAUGAUAAUCUUUCAACAGAUUCAGAUACUGAUGGUUCAUUCAAUUCGCAAUUCACGAAACUAAACUGCAGAAGUCAACAAAAGCUUCCAGAGAAAAAAGCGUUGAUAACUAAGCCAGCCCCUCCCAGUGUGACAUCUGUGUCUCCAGUCAUACAUACUCGUCAUCGUUCAGUGCAUAGUAUAGAUUUGGCAUCUUUUGAAAAAGAGGAAAUAACACGUGGAAAACAAAGGCCAAAGUCUGUGGCCGAUGUUGAGCUUUCCAGGCCUUCAAGCACGGAUAAAUGCGAGGAAAUUUCAAGAAAUAAAGAUGUUAAUGAGGAAGCAGAUCUUCGAGUAGAAGAUCCACUUGAAGAUACUUCUCUCCGAAUCGUGGUGGCAGAGCCACCAGCUAAGGUGAAAUAUGCUGUUGAUUUCAAGAGUACUUUCGCUCCACCCAUUAAGUCCCAGCGUUCCGCUACGGGUGGAUUCGAUGGUUACUACCUACCUGAAAGAAUGACUUCAAGAUCAGCAAAAGAAAAUAGAAGAUCGUAUCCUCUUACGGACUCAGAGCUUGCAUCAAGUUACCAUUCAAGCAACACUGCGGGAGAGACACUUUCCACGGCACCAACUGAGACCGGAAGCAUCACCAUAGAUUUAACUAAAGAGGGAUACGACUUAUGUAUGAUAAAGAGACAAGAUUCGACCUUAUCAUACAAGUCUGUGAUUGAAAAGACAAAGGAUGGACAAAAUGUUGAGGUUGUUUUAGUCGAUGAAGAUGAAGAUGCAUCAACAGAAAGGGAUGAUUUACUGAGCAUUUAUUCUAGGUAUAUGGGUCACUGGGAAGCCCGUGAACCGUACAGAUCGUUUUCAACGCGUUCUUAUGCCUCUGAAUCAAGCGAAGCAUCAAGUUGGGCCGGAUCAGAGUCCAAUUUCCAGAUAAAAAGAAUCCCGGCUAUCCAAAAUACGCGACCAUAUCCAACAUCUGCCAUGUUUUCGAAGAAAGAAGUCUCUACCUUUACAGGCGCUUCGCACGCAAGAGGUAUUAACAAGUUGGACAAAACUAUUCCCAAUCUGGUAAGCCCAUCGAAGAAUAGCUCAUUACCAUCCAGAAGGGAGGUGAACUAUUUUGACUACUCCUCAAAUGCAAAAUACGAUUUUAAUUCGUUCAUUAACCAGCGAGACACUGCAAGUCUUCGCCGUUGA